GUUUAAAUGAGAUACAAGUUACUAAUGGACCGAACUUUGGGUUAGCAAUUUCGAAAUGCUUUCGAACAAACACAACCGCGCAAAAUGUUCUACCCCCUCCCAACCCUCCGCAACAACUGCCCUCGCAACAGAAGGCACUCACACGUCACAAUUUCAACACAUAUAAAGUGGUCAAAGAUCUAGAGGGUCGUGAUUUCACUAGGAGACAGGCGGAAGCAAUAAUGAGGGCAAUGGAAGCAUUAUUGAAUAACAGUUCAAGAAUAAAAUCAUUCAUGUUGUCCAAAGCAGGUCUCGAAAAUGUACAGGAAUCGUAUCUAUUUAAAGCAGCUCUUUCCGAUUUUCGAACUGAGAUUCAAAUAAAUCGUAAGAAGAAUUUGUCCGAUAUCGAAUCGGAGUCGGCUGAACUUCACAGGGAGAUAUCUAAUUUGAAACAAAAACUUCAAGAAGAUAUCGCGACAAUGAGAAAUAGUGUACAAUUAGAUCUUAACACUCGGAAAGUGGACGUAAGAGAGGAACAAAAAAAGAUGGAAAUAAAUAUACAUGAGUUGAACAACAAAAUUACUAUUUCAUGUGGAGAUAUACGAACAGAAAUUGAAGCGAUAAAAUGGGAAACAACAAGAAUGGCAUUGAUGGGGAUAUUCGGUUCGGGAAUUUGUGUUUUGCUCGUGAUGUUUGUGUCUAACAAAAAUACCAAGAAGAAAUCACCAUUGCCGACAAGUUUCAUUGAUGCACAUUCGAGUUUGCUGUUGAUGUCCUUGGCAUUGAUGCUGUUACCAGUGAGGAUUGGAUCAAAUCAUGAGCUUCAGAUCGGCGUUAAUCGUGAAGAGGAUUGUUUUACGGAAUUCGCUUUCCCCUGA